UACCUUGCCAAUUGUCAAUCAUCAUAGCUAUCUUUCCGCUUGACUUGUACCUCCCCUUCAAGCGCUCUUUCAUUCACCCCAGAAUCCAUCAUGUCAGACAUCAACCUCCAGGACGUCUGUGGCUUUCUUGUCAACGUCGCGAAAAGCGCUGGGGACGUGAUAACUGCUGCGCGUCCAUCCACGACAGCAGCAGGUGAAAAGAUCAAUUCUGUCGAUCUAGUGACAGAAACCGAUCAAACCACCGAGAGACUAAUCACUGAACUCGUUCACCAAAAAUAUCCUCAUUUUGAGUUCAUGGGCGAGGAAACAUAUAAGCCGGGGGAUACUCUGACUGACAAGCCAACGCUCAUAUGUGAUCCUGUCGAUGGCACUACCAACUUCAUCCACGGGUACCCGUAUAUUAGCAUCUCCCUAGGACUUGCCAUUGACCGGAAGCCAGUCGUCGGAGUCAUUUACAACCCCUUCACCAAGACUUUAUUCUCAGGCGUCAAAGGACAGGGCUCGUUUUUCUCAGACCCCUUUCACGAUCAUGUCAAACUGCCUUUGAAGGAUCCCGAAAGUCUUGCUCUGGAUAAGGCUCUUGUCGCUGUGGAGUGGGGAAGCGAUCGAGCAGGGCAUGACUACGACAUCAAAGUCAAGACCUUUCGCAACCUGUGUGCCAGUCCUGAACAAGGCGGUGCUAUGGUACAUGGAAUUCGUUCGUUUGGAUCGGCUGCUCUCAAUCUAUGUGGUGUAGCUGCGGGUCAUCUAGAUGCUUACUGGGAGGCCGGAUGCUGGGCAUGGGACGUAUGUGCUGGCUGGGUAAUCUUGGAAGAAGCUGGUGGCCAUAUAGUUGACGCGAACAAGGGCAAUUGGCAGCCAAGAGUUGACGGAAGAAGAUAUCUAGCCGUCAGGAAGGGUGAGGGGCAGAACGCUUUCAUUGAGCAGCUGUGGACUCAUGUUGCUGGAGAUCUCAAAGUUGGCAUAUAAGUCCAGGUCUUCGAAAUCUGGUGCUAAUUCUACACGUUACCUGUUCCUAGUGGCUUUGGCCUCUCGCCACAGAUUGAGUCCCC